GACAGGGAAGGGCUCAUUCAAUUGAUUAAAAAAAAAUCCAGAGAAGGAGACGCAGGCCCCAAGGUCCACAGGCUGAGGUACUGAGUUCUGUUUUCUCGGCUGCCAUCUGGCCUGUCCCGUGAGGUCCAAAGGGGAACUCAGUUGGCGCCUCUUUCCUUGCUCUUCACUCUUGGCUAGGAAGCUGACUUCAUCCCUUCCUGUAGGACAUGCAGGCACAGUGUGUUUCUCUCUGCCUCCUGGGUGUGAUCUUUUUUCUGUGCUCAGCGCAUGUCGGAGGUCUCAGGAGAUGUCUGAUUUCCAUGGACAUGCGCCGUAUGGAGGAGAGUUUCCGAGGGAUCAAAAACGCCAUUCAAGCUAAGGACACCUUCCAAAAUGUCACCAUCCUGUCCACAUCGGAGACUCUGCACAGCAUUAAGCCCUUAGAUGUGUGCUGCGUGACCAAGAACCUCCUGGCGUUUUACGUGGACAGGGUGUUCAAGGACCAUCAAGAACUGAGCCCCCAAAUCUUGAGAAAAAUCAGCAGCAUUGCCAACUCUUUCCUCUACAUGCAGAAGACUCUACAACGAUGUCAGGAGCAGAGGUUGUGUCACUGCAGGCAGGAGGCCACCAAUGCAACCAGAAUCAUCCAUGACACCUAUGAUCAGUUGGAGGUCCGGUCUGCUGCCAUUAAGUCUCUGGGAGAGCUUGACAUCUUGCUAGCCUGGAUUGAGAAGAAUCAUCAUGGAACUUCUGCUGCCUCAAGACAAGAAACCUAAGUUUGGGGGAUGAACGGCUCCUGAGAGGUUUUCAGUGGGAGACAGCCAACUUUGAAGGGGAGGGAGAUGGGAGGGCUCCAUUUUUAUGCAAAUUGGGUCUUUUUGAGGAAACCUUCCUGCCCAUUUGGAAUUCUCUUCUCUGGGGCUGAGGUAUUAUAGGGGAAAAAUCUAGGUUUGAGCACAUCUUACCCUGUAGCUACAAGUCUCACUGGCUGGGCCCAGGCUGUCUGAUUCCACCUGAAAGUAUCCAAGUAAUCUACUGUCAUAUUUAUAUGAAAUAUGUCUGUCGAAAGGUCCUGCAGGCCAUCCUGGAGGGAGAGGGUGAGCUUCCCCCUGAUUUACUGUGAACUUGUCUAUCCCGUGUCUGUGAUGUGAUCUAAGUGGUAUCCUGUA